AUGACCGUCACUUCGAUACUUGCCUUGCUGGCGGCUUUUGCCCCGGCCGCAUUGGCACAGAAUAAUUCCACAUAUGUUGACUACAACACUGAUCCCGAGCCCGGCCUCUACCCCGACUCCAUGAAUGUCGUCGACUGGGCAUUCCCCGAUUGCUCAAAUGGCCCUCUGAAAGAUACCGUGGUGUGCGAUAAAACCGCACGGCCUCAUGAUCGAGCCGCCGCUCUGGUCGCGAUGUUUACAUUCGAAGAACUCGUGAACAGCACCGGAAAUCUUAUCCCCGCAAUCCCACGUCUGGGACUUCCGCCGUAUCAGGUCUGGAGUGAGGCCCUUCACGGGCUAGACCGUGCCAACUGGACAGAGUCUGGAGACUUCAGUUGGUCAACAUCAUUCCCAUCCCCCAUCUUGACGAUGGCUUCGUUGAAUCGCACUUUGAUUCAUCAAAUCGGUGACAUUAUUUCGACCCAAGGAAGGGCAUUCAACAACGACGGCCGCUACGGACUGGAUGUAUAUUCGCCUAAUAUCAACUCCUUCCGUCACCCGGUUUGGGGCCGUGGCCAGGAAACCCCCGGCGAAGACGCGAACAUCUUGUGCUCCGCCUACGCCUAUGAAUAUAUCACUGGCAUGCAAGGAGGAGUGGAUCCUUACCCCCUCAAGCUGAUCGCCAACGCGAAACAUUUUGUUGGUUACGAUAUCGAGAACUGGAACAAUCAUUCCAGACUGGGCAAUGACAUGAUCAUUUCCCAGCAGGACCUUUCCGAGUACUACUCGCCCCAGUUCAAGGCGGCUGUUUCAGAUGCGAGGGUUCACAGCGUCAUGUCUUCUUACAACGCUGUCAACGGCGUGCCUUCAUCGGCGAACACAUUCAUACUGCAGACUCUUCUGCGCGAUACCUGGAACUUUGUCGAGGAUGGCUACGUUUCCUCGGAUUGCGAUGCUGUCUACAAUGUUUUCAAUCCUCAUGGAUAUGCUUCCGACACCGAGCUUGCAGCAGCGAAGAGCAUGUUGGCCGGCACUGAUGUCGACUGUGGCUUUACGUAUCAACUCUACUUGAAUGGCUCUUUCACGAAAGGUCAGAUCUCCCGCAGUGAGAUCGAACGCGGUGUCAUUCGUCUGUACUCCAACCUCGCUAGUGCGGGAUACUUUGAUGGAGAAGAUAGCAAAUACCGCGAUCUUGACUGGUCUGAUGUUGUUGCCACUGAUGCCAUGAACGUUUCUUACCAGGCUGCUGUGGAAGGCAUCGUCCUUCUGAAGAAUGAUGGAAUCCUGCCAUUGUCCAAAAACAUCAGCAGCGUGGCAUUGAUCGGACCCUGGGCGAACGCCACUAGGCAGUUGAAGGGAAACUACCUUCCCUUUGGAAACUCGCCCUACCUGACCAGUCCACUCACUGCCUUCGAGGAUUCCGACCUUGAUGUCAACUAUGCCUUCGGAACCAACAUUACUUCGGAGUCAACUGAUGACUUCGACGCUGCAAUCCAGGCUGCAAAGAAUUCAGAUGUAAUUGUCUUCGCUGGUGGCAUUGACAACUCAGUUGAACAAGAAGGCAUGGACAGACAGGAGAUUACAUGGCCUGGUAAUCAGCUUGACCUUAUCAAGAAGUUGAGCCAGGUUGGAAAGCCUCUGGUUGUGCUGCAAAUGGGUGGUGGUCAAGUUGACUCCUCGGCAUUGAAGGCCAGCAAGAAUGUCAACGCUCUAGUCUGGGGUGGAUAUCCCGGACAAUCCGGUGGCCUCGCUAUUCUAGACAUCUUGACUGGAAAGCGCGCUCCUGCUGGCAGACUUACAACCACCCAGUAUCCCGCCAAGUAUGCGCACCAGUUCCCAGCAACAGACAUGAGUUUGCGCCCAAAUGGAAGCAACCCAGGCCAAACAUACAUGUGGUAUACCGGCAAGCCGGUCUUUGAAUUUGGACAUGGUCUCUUCUACACAACAUUCAAAGCCUCGGCUCAACAGAGCAAUGAAUCGUCAUUCGACAUCGCCGAUCUUCUUUCCCGACCUCACAAGGGCUAUAACGCCGUUGAGCAACUUCCUUUCAUGAACUACACGACUAACAUCAGAAACACUGGUUCUGUCAAGUCGGACUACACAGCUAUGGCCUUUGUCAAUUCUACAGCUGGCCCAAGCCCGCAUCCCAUCAAGUGGCUUGUCGGAUUCGAUCGCCUAGGAGAAUUAAAGCCGCGGUCAUCCCAAGCAUUGCAUAUCCCCAUCUCACUGGAUAACGUUGCUCGUACGGAUGUGGAUGGAAACCGUAUCAUUUAUCCUGGAAAGUAUGAGCUUGCAUUGAACAACGAGCGCUCGGCCAUCGUCAGAUUCCGAUUGACUGGAAAUGCGACAACUGUCGCUACUUGGCCAAAGGAGGAGCAGCUCAUUCUUCCUUCUUAG